AAAAUGGCCCACAUGCACACCCUUUAUAAGCUCUAGAAACUAACUCUCUGAUUGGUCACAUUAGCUCUUUUUUGUUUCCCCAGACUAUCAGCAAACUUUUAUUGUACGACCCCCUCUUUUUUUUUUCUUUCAAAUCUUUCACUAAUGUUGACAAUAGCUACUCGGCUUAUAUCCAAAGGAUCUUUCAUACCUAUUUCUCAUCGUUGUUAUGGAAAUUUACGGUUAAAGUUUACAAAACAUCAAGCAAUCGACUUACGAAGCGACACGACAACACAACCUACAGAUGCUUUGUUUGAUAUCAUGAAGACUGCAAGUCGAGCAGAUGACGUCUUUGCUGAAGACAAAAGCAUUCAUGACCUUGAACGAUACGUCGCUGAUUUACUUGGACAUGAAGAAGCAGUGUUUUGUGUGAGUGGAAGUAUGUCAAACCAGCUUGGUCUUCGUCUGCUUUUAACUCAGCCUCCGCAUUCAGUCAUAUGUGACGCUCGAUCCCACAUUUAUAAUUAUGAGUGCGGAGGUAUGUCUUAUCAUUCCCAGGCAAGCCCGUCACCGAUAUUGCCGAGAAAUGGUCACCAUCUGACAGUUGAAGACAUGGAGAAUAAUUUAAUGACCGACCCCCUUCACUCGCCGACAACAAGAGUCGUGUCGCUCGAGAACACGUUGAAUGGGACUAUCAUGCCAUUGGAUGAGAUUGAGCGUAUCCAUCAAUUUUGUCAAUCGCAUGACCUCAAGAUGCAUCUGGAUGGUGCUCGGUUAUGGAAUGCAAGUCAAGCUACGGGAAUUCCACUCAAGACAUACGGUCAGUAUUUUGACACUGUCUCUGUCUGCUUAUCAAAAGGCGUGGGUGCACCCAUCGGCUCUGUCCUGGUAGGAUCGAGUAGCACCAUGGCGCGCGCCCGACAUUUACGAAAGUUGAUGGGAGGCGGAUGGAGACAAGCAGGGUUUCUAGCAGCUGCUGCCCAUUAUUGUAUUCAAAACGUAGUACCUACCAUGCCUGAGACGCACAAGUUAGCGCGUCGACUGGCGUCUUCCUUUGAAGCCAUGGGCAUUCAGAUCACUGUCCCCUGUGAGACAAAUAUGGUGUUUAUCGAUACAUCAACUGUUGGAAUUAAGAUUGAUCUGUUAGCAGAUGAGCUCUUUAAACAGAAUGUACUGAUACCAAAGAGUUCAGGGUAUCAAACAAGACUUGUGUUGCAUUAUCAAGUACCAAGCGAUACAGUAGAUACCAUUAUUAAAGUAACUUCUGAGUUGAUCAAGAAACAACAAUCUAAUUAA